GGCCAUCCAGGCGGGGGAGCGGACAGGCAGGGUAAUCGCAAUGGAAACCCGCAUUGGAACCUUUCCGAACCGGAGUCAUUACGGGGUCUUCUCUGCUCUCCGCCGUUUUUUGGCCUGUCUGUGUCUGUUAUGAAAUGUGUUUCAUUUCGUGUCUGUUUUCCGUUGAUUUCUUUCGUUGGCAAUGCGAUGUUUCAUAAUGUAACCUGCGCAUAUCAACAGGUUAUUGAACCGCGCGGUCCAUGUGGAUAGGGUCCCAUGUGUUACGCCCAUGUCUGUGGCAGGCAAUCUUCGGGUGGUUCGGCUGCCGACUCUCCUCGUUCGGCAAGGAAGUCGGGGAGGAGGCCAGAUUCCAGAUUCCAGGCCAAGAUCACUGGGGCCAUCCGCACUCACUAGACUCCCAGUCAGUGCCUAAUCGAUGUCAGCUUAGUCAAUCGGCUGGAAGGCUAAUGAAUUACAGCCUGUCUCCGGCGAUCUCAAAUCUACAUAUUUUAAUAAUCACGAGUGUAUGGAUAUUAUUCGAGCGAACAACUGCUUUCGUAUAUUAUGUACGUGACUUUGACGGAUCCCGGUAAGGUAAUCUCCGCUCAGGCGCCAUAAAUUACUUAGAGGCAUUCGAGAUUUCUGUAAGCCUGGCAUUCCUCCUAAAUAUUGUAUUAUGUCAGGGUCUGGCAGGUAGUACCUGAAUGGAAAAAGUUGACAAGUGAUUAGUCUCUAAGCCCCUCUAACGAGCAAGACAAGGCUUUAGACAUGACUUAUCCGAAAUCGAUCGGUUUUACAUUUUUUCGCCACAAAAUAUUUUAAUAAAAGCACACGCUCGGAGGAGCGAUUGCAUUUUACAGUUUGCACACGUUUGUGCGCUUCGUCGGAGGUAACGGCAAUUGGUAAUGCGAGCCAACUCCCCUUUUGGCCAUCCGCCAUCGGCCCACUGCCAGUCCGCCGCCCGCCCUGACCCGCUCUUGCAUUAUGCAAACAGCGUAAAGUUGUAACACCGACUCCGGUGGCUAUCUGCGCGGCGGGAGCAGAGGCAGAAGCAGAUCAAGGCUCGGAGAAGAUACUGGACACCUCCUCCAAGUGGCCCAGAUAUGUGUGACACAAUUCCGGGGAAUCUGCCUAAGUUUCUUUGUUCUUUGUUUGCCCAGUCCGGGGUGCUAAUGCGUGAGAAGUGCCGGACUCGGGUUUUCUGGGGAGUUUCUGCGAUUGAUUAGCGGCGGACUGACGUCACCUGGCGGAGAAAUUCCAAGCCGAUGCGAUCGGAGCGAAGAGGCGAUGUGUCACAGUCGCAGAACGUUCGCGCUAAUUAAAAGUCCAUUCAACGCUUCGCUAGCCACGGAGAAUAGACAAUGGGCUGGAGCUGCUGCCAGAGCUGCUUUGCCCGCUGAACCGGCAACCGCCAUCCGCGGCCCAAAACUGGAGCACACACCCGCCGCCGCCUGGGAGCAGUUGCCCAACCACUUCGCCCCCACCACCCAACAUUUAACCCGACGGCGCUGUCGAAAUGCAUUUCGUUUGUGCAACGAAAGUGCAAUCAUCUCCACGCCGCGACGACAUACGCACGUUGCAACAUUCCACCCACUAAAUAGAUGGGUACACAGGUGGCCCCACCUCUUCGCAGACUACACUGAGAGGAAAAGAGUGCGAAACACUAUUCCCUCUUUUUGUUAAAUAGUUAAAACUAGUUCCAAAGAUGUCCCACCUGUACUCCACCUUCGCCCAAUUAGUCAGUGUGCACUGCAAGUCGACGGUGGGCGGAGGGCUCCCGGUGAAUCAGUGCAAGCACAACCUGCUCGGCUACGGAUCCACCAAGCUGCAGACCCUCUCCGACGCUCAGCUGGAGGCCCUCGAUCCAUACCAGCGCGAUGCCAACGAGCUCAUCUGGGCAUCGAUCAUGCGGGACCAUCCGAGUGGGGCCAGUCUGGUGACCACCAGGCAGCCGCUAAGCCAGCCCCUGCCCACGCCGCCCGCCUCCUCGCUGAUCAUCCUCACCCGCCAGCAGCUGCCCUCUGCGGCUGUCCAAAGCUCCAAUCCCCUCUUCGACAGCAGUGGCGAGCAGAAGCACAAGUACGCCAUGGACAUGGACAUGGCCUACGGCUACCCAGCCCUGCAGCAGCCCAGCAGUGAGAUGCCGCCCCAGAGGUUCCUGACCGGACCUCUGGUCAUUCGCGUGCGCCCAGAUGGGUCCCCCGUCGAGGAGGACCGCCAGAAGCCCAUGCCGCACGACGAGGACCUCCCCGCUUUCCGACUGGGCCUGGCAGCCGGCCAGGGCAACAGGCACCGGAAAAUCGCCACCAUCAGCGCCCUGAAGCAGCAGCACUUCGCCUCGAUCUUGCAGCGCGACCUCCAGCCUCCGCACCAGGUGCAGAGGCGCCUGGCCCUCCACCAGCAGUAGCGGACACGAGGUCCUGGAGCGUGCAAAACACUUAGAUCUAAGUCCGGGGUGUGUGUGGAGCGAGUGAAUGUGUAUCUCUGCUGUGUGAGUGUGAUGAAGUGUUCGAUCGGCGAUUAUAGUUCUAGCUGCGUUAAAACUUUCUGGAGAAUGCACUUCGAGCUUUAAUCGAAUUUCGAAUCGUACCCGAGUUUAAGUUUUUCUUUAAUUUUAUUUAUUCACGUGCAUUAGACUGUAAGAUCAAACAUAGAGAUUCUUUAAAUAUAUAUACAACAUGAAAUUAAAA